AUGGACACGUCUGCUUCCCUGACUUUGGAAACAGAGCACACCAACAUCAUAACUGAUGCUGCUAGUUCUACCAGCAUAGGGACUGUACCCAUGAACACGGCAUUGAUGAGCACUCACACGCCCACCAGUGAGACCUGGCUGAGCACUAACUCUGUAACCAACCCCAGUGUGCCUGACUUCACAAGCCUCCGACUCACCACCACAAUAAGCAGCAGCCGUCCAAGUGCCAUGAUGACUUCAAGUACCUGUGACAAUGGUGGUACCUGGGAGCAGGGCCAGUGCCUUUGCCUCCCAGGAUUUUCUGGAGAUCACUGUGAGUUCCAGAUCCAGUGUCAGAAUGGGGGGAGAUGGAAUGGUUUCAAGUGCCAGUGCCCCAGCACUUUUUAUGGUUCCCACUGUGAGUUUGCUGUGGAGCAGGUGGAUCUAGACACGGUGGAGGCCGAAGUAACGAUGGAGGUGGCUGUUGACCAGGACUUCUCCCCAGACCUCCGUGACAACACUUCCAAGGCCUACAGGGAUUUCAGCAAUGCCUUCCAGGACCAGAUGCAGAGUAUUUACCAAAAUGUGCAGGGGUUCAAAGGUGUGGAGAUCCUGUCCCUGAGGAAUGGCAGCAUCGUGGUGGACUAUCUGGUCCUGCUGGAGCUUUCCUUCAGCCUCCAGCUGGAGAGCGAGUAUGAGAAGGUGAAGACGGCCCUGAAGGAAGAGCUCCAGAAUGCCAGCCAGGACGAGGCCGGCUGCUCAAAUAACCAGACCCUGUGUUUUAAGCCUGACUCCAUCAAGGUGAACAACACCACCAGGACAGAGCUGACCCCGGAAGCCAUCUGCAGCCGUGUCGCCGCCGUGGGCUACGAGGCGUUCUACUUCCCCUUGGUGGAGGAGAAGCGGCUCCGCUGCGUCACCAAAUGCACGUCGGGUGUAGACGGCGCCUUCGACUGUCACCAGGGCCAGUGCCUUCUAGAGAGGAGCGGUCCGGCUUGCAGGUACUGGGACCAGGACAGGAAAUGGUUCGAGAUCUGGGAUGAGGACACCGUGGGGACGUUUUCAAGUACGGGCUCUGAGAACGACAGAAUCGGCAAGCACGAGAACUUCCAUGUGGCCUUGGAGAAUGUGGAUACCAAUGUGAGGGUGCAAGUCCAGAGACCUGAGGUGGCCGGAUCCUUGCAUUGAGCCCUUUGGUUCAGGUCACCAACCCUUCCACCCUGCCCAGGACACCAGGAGGGAGCCAGCUGCUCUGCGUCCAUUUCAAGAGGUGGCCCAAAGAUGUGUGCAGUCUGACUCCUGAUGUCCUUGGGUAAAAGGAGACGGUUUCCUGACUUCUCCCAACGUGCCUGAAACCCACCUGGAGACACAGUUCCCAUCAGGCUUUCUUCCACGGUGGGACUGUGAGCGAGUCAGCAGCUUCUUUGGAGCUGGUAUAACAUGGUCAUCCUGAUACCGUGUUUGGUUCUUGUGGAAAUCUCUUGUGUUUGAUGAAUUCUCUGGCCCAGCCCACCUUCUGCCCCAGCCCUUGAGUUGACACCGUGUCUCUCAGACACCCCAAUCGUCAUAUCCUUCUCCCGGUCUCAGGUCCCGUUCCCUGUUCACACCCUUGCUGCCUGUUCCUUGCUGGGACCUGUAGCCCAUCCACUUCCUGCCCUCUUCUUAUGCAGCUCCUUGCCGUGUCCUUGCUCUUAUUCCUAACACCUUCUCCCCUUCUGAGCCCACUCCUCAAACCCGACCUCCCCCUUCCCCAUCCCUGAUUCCUUACCUUUCUCCUUGCCUCCUGAUGCCUCAGCCCGAAACCUUCCCUCCUCCCACAUUCUUGUCCCCAGCUGGAUGCAGGCCCCUCUUUCUCAGGAGCUACCACCCUGAGGCCCCACCCCUUCUUCUCUCCCCAACGGCUCUGGGUUCCCAUGGGUGGAGGUGGGGCACGGGUUUCUGCAGGUGCCAAGGAUAAGGGGAAGUGGGGCUUAGGUGAGGGAGCCCUCUUGGUUCUUUUCUUUCCCUUAAUCCUUCCUCCCUCCUUCCUCUCCCUUCCCCUACAGUUUCACCCUGCCUCCUUCCUCUUCCCUCUCCCUUCUCCUCCUGCCCCCUCUCCCUGGUGCCAUCCCCACCCCUGCAGUUACCUCUGAGCUCCAAAAUCCUCAACAUCCUUUGCCUGGAAGAGCUGGUUUGGGUCAAGAAGUCUUCAGUUCUCCAUGUGAAUACAAUAUAGCACUGA